AUGGUGUCAACACCAAGGUCGAAGAGUCGAAGAGACCCUCAGACGCCGCGGUCGCAGAAGAAGCGCAUGCCCAAGGGCCGUUAUAGCGAUGGACACUGGUGGUGUAACUGUGAACCCCGCCAGAAAGCCACACUCCGUGAGGUGAAGAAGUCUGGACCGAACAACGGCAAACUUUUCUGGAAGUGCGAUGAUUGCAAUUUCUUCCUCUGGAGGGACGAGGCCAAGGUACGCGAGUCGGGGCUGAGGGGUUCCCGAAGAGGUAGCGAAGCCUCUAAAUCUGAACCUCCACCCAUGACACAGCAAUCACUUGUGUCGUAUGGCUACCAAGUGACUCCGAGUCGGCGUCAGAGCGACGAUAAUUCUGCCGACAGCACAGAAUCCGGCGAGGAUUCGGAUGCUAAUACUCGAAUGCCCAAAUCGAUCAGAAACCAAGCAGAAAUUGCCGACCAUUCAAAGCUGCCCUCUCCGCCUACUGCAGCUGUUGAGACACCCACUCGUGGACCUACCAAGAGACGGCGCGACGUUUUCGAGCAAGAUGAAGACGAGUUCAGCGAUAUUGCCUCGGAUGAAGAGCGGCAGAUGGCUGCUAUUGCGGACAAGAGCGCCGAGAAGGCCGCCCAGAGCCGUUUUACCACUCCCACCACUACCCGCUCAUUCCCAGGGAUGCCAACUCCUUCUGUAUCGCGUACGCUGUUUCCCACCAGCGAAUCCAAGAGACAGAAGCAGGUCUCCUUUGAAGAUACUCCCUCGAUGUCAUCUACGACUCUGUCGGCCACCACGACACCUUCAAAGACUCCAUGUGGAACGCAAGGACCUCCUGCAAGUAGCCCUCCGGAAACGAGCUACGAUGUGACGGACGAAGUCAUGAAUCUUUUGAGAGGCCAACAAAUUGACGAUAGCGUUUUGUCAUCUGUACAGAGUAUCCUGGAAGCUGCAGCACGUCGCACCAAGGGCAUUGUUCUCGGCCGUGACUCUGCGCGGUCAAGCCUCAAGAUCAAGGAUGACAAAAUUGCUGCCAUGCAAGAGCGUAUUACUGCACUCGAGAACCGUGAACGAAUGCACAGGAGUCAGAUGACGAAUAUCAAGGCUGGUUUGAUGAAGAUGUAUGAUGACAACUGA